AUGUCUGGAAAAAGCAUGCUGAAAGGUUUACCUUCUCGUAAUCCGAACAAUUUUUCAAAUUUUAAAUCCGACUCGAGCAAAACUGCCAAAAAAUUUACUUCUUAUCUUUCUACGGAAGAUCAACCAGUAGAACAAGUAAUAGUUUCCGACAGAAGUAAUAUUUUAUUGCGAUAUUUAUAUCUUCAACUUGAUAAAAAAUUGAAUGGCGACGUUGAAAAAAGGAAAAGUUCUUCAGAAGAAAUGAACCAUGUUGACACAGACUCUAAUAAAAAUCCUGAUGUAUUGUCAUCCGAUGGUCCACCUCGUAAACAACCUCGAAUGUCAGCACCCCAGUCACCGUCUUCCUCUGUUUCUACAUCUUCGUACCCUUAA